AUGGCCGGCCUGAACGCGCGUGGCCUCCCUCUCUCGCCCGAGCCUGGGCCCUCCGGUUUUGAAAGCAAGGGAAAGAGCGAGGAGAAGAAGCUCAAGCAGCUCCAGACCGAAGUCAAGCCCAUUAUCCGGAGCAAGCCAUUUGCGUCAGACGAUCACCGGCCCGCGGCCCCCGAUGGCAAGCUUCGGGUCGUGCUCGUCACCACUGGGUCGGUCGCGAGCAUCAAGAUGCCACUCAUCGUCGAGGCACUCGGUGCGGACGCCAAUGUUGAGGUCCAGGUUGUAGCGACGGGAUCAAGCCUGCACUUCUACGAUGCGGCCGCGGUCGAAGGCGCUCACGAGGGCGUGGGCGUGUGGACUGAUAACGACGAGUGGAACGACUGGCACAAGAUUGGGGACCCGAUCCUGCACAUCGAGCUGCGGCGGUGGGCUGAUCUCGUUGUGGUCGUCCCGUGCAGCGCCGACAUGCUCGCGAAGAUCGCUGGAGGCAUUUGCGAUAACCUUGCGCUCUCGAUGCUGCGCGCGCUCGACGACACGCCCGUCGUGCUGUGCCCUGCCAUGAACACGUUCAUGUACAGCCAUCCUCUGACCGCUAGACACAUUCAGUUCGUCAAGGAGGUGCUUGGCUACCAUAUUCUCGGGCCACAGGGCGCCAACUCGGGGCGCAAGCUUGCGUGCGGAGACGUCGGUGCUGGCAAGAUGACCGAAUGGAUCGACGUCGUCUCAAUCAUUCGCGGGUACGCUGCCCUCACGCGCACCCGUACACGCUCC